CUCUCCGUGCGCCCCACUCUCCUCCGCGCCCGUCUCCUCGCCUCCGGGAGCUCCUCUCGGUUCCGCGCCCGCGCCCCGCUCCUCUCCUGCUCGCCCCUCUCCGCGUCCCGCUCCCCUCCGAGCCCCGCGCCGAGAUGCUGCGCUGCGGCCUGGCCUGCGAGCGCUGCAGGUGGAUCCUGCCCCUGCUGCUGCUCAGCGCCAUCGUCUUCGACAUCAUCGCGCUGGCCGGCCGCGGCUGGCUGCAGUCGAGCACCCACAUACAGACGUCCUCGCUGUGGUGGCGAUGCUGGGAGGAGGGCGGCGGCUCUGGGUCCCCCGGGCAGGGCUGCGAGAGCCUCAUGGAGUACGCGUGGGGCCGGGCGGCCGCCGCCAUGCUCUUCUGCGGCUUCAUCAUCCUGCUCAUCUGCUUCGUCCUGUCCUUCUUUGCCCUCUGCGGACCCCAGAUGCUGGUCUUCCUGAGAGUCAUCGGAGGCCUCCUGGCCCUGGCAGCCGUGUUCCAGAUCAUCUCCCUGGUCAUCUACCCCGUGAAGUACACCCAGACCUUCAGCCUUCACGCCAACCCUGCCGUCACCUACGUCUACAACUGGGCGUACGGCUUCGGCUGGGCGGCCACCAUCAUCCUGAUCGGCUGCGCCUUCUUCUUCUGCUGCCUCCCCAACUACGAGGACGACCUCCUGGGCAACGCCAAGCCACGCUACUUCUACACGUCCGCCUGAGGAGGGCGGGGGGAAGUCGCUGCUGCCGGGCGGGCUCCGGGGAGAGUGUUUUCCCCAGAAUACCUGCAACCUCUUAAACUAGUCAAAAUGCUAAAAUAAUUUGGGAGAAAAUAUUUCUUAAGUGAUGUUACAGUUUCAUAGUCAACUUUUAUAUAUGUUUGUAGAGUUAAACAAGACUUACCUCUUUCAACAAAUUACUAUAAAAUGCCAAUAUUUCCUUACGUCUAUCCGUGCCAUUCAUACUGCAUUUGUAAAAGACUAUGAAUGUGAAACUUACCACUUUCUAAGGCAAAAAUGAGAAGACUUCAAGGAUGUAAGCGAGCUGAUCAGGAUUCUGUUUUUCCAGCUGGAACGGACCGGGUCUGUUCAGGGCUAAGGAGCAGAGGGAGACGUUGGUAAAAAUUGUCUAAAUAUUCUAAAAUAUUCCAAAAGAAAUGCAAAAAGAAGUAUUUUUUCAAGCCUUCGGCUAUUUAAAGAAGCAAAAUAGUUCCCUAAAUGCUUAUAGUUUAUGAGAAUUUCUAAUGAAUAUCCUGAAUAAAGGAUUUUUUUGCCAAGCUUCACGUUAACCUGAUAUGGCGUCUAGGAGAGUAUUCUUCGUGGCCAAAGCCUGGUGCAGUAGAGUAGGGCCUCCUUACAUAGCGAAGCGUUAAGAUGAAAUUUUCUCUUUCAACGUGGUUUAUAGGGCUGGGGUGUGGGAAAACGCUGUAUCAGUAAGUGUGUACGGUUUUGUGUCUGUGUGUUCAGGGCCAGAGUAGACUGGAUUGAAAGAUGGCCUGGGUGUAGUUCCUCCCGACCGACAAGUGUGAGUCUGCUCGGGAAACCUCAGGGGGGUCAUUCCUGUCACAGCGAACCUUACAGCAGCCUCCGGAGGAGGGAUGGCUCGAAUCUUCCAUCUCAGGUCUGACUGGCUCUAUCGUACAGACACAGCUUCUGAUAGGCUGCCUCUGUAAGCAAAAACUUAUCGUUAAAAACCUGGUUUUCCUUGGUAAACAAUUUAAAAUAUCUGAUGUAAAACAUGCAGCAGGAGAAUUCAGGGAUGGGAGGUUUCUCUGAAUGACAAACAUAGGAUAUAUCACAUGGAUUAUUAUUAUUUUUCUACCAUUUGUACUUACAUAAUGAAAAGCAAUUCAUUUUAUAUAUCAAAUUAUUGUUUUGUAAGUUGCAGGAUAAGCAGUUGCAGUUUUCAUUGUGAAUUUUUCCCAAUAAACCAGGUGUUCUAA